AUGGAGUGCGAGGGGUGCAAUGAUUUAAUAAAAAGGACUAUUUUGUUUGGCAAAAAAUCUUCAGCCUUGUGCUUGAAAUGCAAAAAGUCCUUUGAAAAGCCGAAUAUCCUUCCAGAUUAUUCUAAUUAUGUUGAGUACUUAGAAGAAGAGCCUGAAGUAACGACUGAAAAUGGCACUGAAGCGAAGUCUCCAGAUGAUAAAAAGGACAAGAAAUCCUCUAAAUGUUCGAGUCAAUGGGCUGGAUGUACAAUGCUGCGAAAAUACACAACACAUCUGGUAAGGCAGAUCGGGCACAGAUUUACUGAUGAAGCACAGAGAAAAGCGAAGACAGAAGGAAAAUUGCAGAAAAAAAUAAUAAGCUUGAAUAAUACAACACCCAAAGAGAAGAGGCUUCUACUGGCAAAAGCUGUAAGGUUGUGCUCGAAAAGAGAUUAUACGUUAGCCCAGAUAGGCGAAUUUUUAAGGCCGAAAGGAUUUCCUUAUUCAGCUUUUGUCGAUAUUAUAGAAAGCUUUUAUAAAAACCAUUUAGCUAAAACUAUUGACUAA